UCGGUUUUUGUAAUUUGCGUACUCCUCGUUGGAGCAAUCCACGCGGUCCAAUUUAAAAUCAAGAACGUCAUGGGUGGUGACACCUGGAUCGGAAUCUUGUCCAGCAACAAUCAACCGCCUUUGGAGGGAGGUGGAUUUGUUCUUGGAGCUCAACAGGAGAAAACAGUGAAUGCUCCUGAUAAUUGGGAAGGAAGAAUAUGGGCGAGGACCUGGUGUAACUCCGGUAACCAGCACUGCGAAACAGGCGAUUGCGGCAACAAAUUGCAGUGCGGAAACAGUGGUGGAGUUCCACCUGCAACCUUGGCCGAAUUCAAAUUGAGAGCGCAUGAUGAUGGCAAAGACUACUACGAUAUCUCUUUGGUCGACGGUUUCAACGUCGGCGUCAAAAUCGAACCUGAAAAUGGAAACGGAGAUUGCAAUGUUCUUCAUUGUCCGAAUACUUUGAACAACAACUGCCCCAACGAGUUGAAGAAGAGCGGAAGUGGAGGAACCGUAGGAUGCGAUAGUUCUUGCGUGAAGUACAAUACGGACGAGUAUUGCUGCAGAGGAUCCUUUAAUAGCGCACAAGCUUGUGAUCCUAACAAAUGGAAGCUUAAUUCAGCGAAGUUCUUCAAGGACAAUUGUCCAGAUGCAUACAGCUACGCCUACGAUGAUAAAACCAGCUUGAAGACUUGCAUUGCCAACAGUUAUAGAAUCACAUUCGGAUGAGAAUUUUUACAUUAAAAACACUAUUAACCUUUUAUUUUUAAAUUAAUUAAUUGAUUAUUAGAUG